UACUUUAACCCCUCCCCUUUCUUCUUCACUUCCCCACUCUGUCGUACAAACCACUAGAGAGACUGCUCAAUUUUUCCCAACUGGCGGUGCAACACACUCGCUCUCACUUUUCUCUAUGGGUUGCGCAGCUUCCAAGCUCGACAACGAGGACGCCGUGAGGCGGUGCAAGGAGCGCCGCCGCUUAAUGAAGGAGGCGGUCUUCGCUCGCCACCACCUCGCCGCUGCCCACGCCGAUUACUGCCGCACUCUUCGCUUAACUGGCUCUGCUCUCUCCUCUUUCGGUUCCGGUGAACCCCUAUCGGUCUCCGACCGGACCCCUGCUGUCCUCUUACAUACGACAAAUCCGUCUCCAUCUCCUCCUCCUCUUUAUUCUGCUUCCUCUAAUCCGAUCCCUCCACGUGCAGUUCCGCCAUCACCCGCUCCUUCGUCCGUCCACCCGCCGCCACCGCCACCGUUUUCUCCAUCCCCUUCUCCUACCAUAGCUCGUUCAAAGCUUCCUCACAUCCUCCCUGCCUCGAGUAUGGACUCGGCCGCCAAUCAUCGUCGCCGAAAGCCUCCAAGGUCGAAGCUUCCACACAUAUUAUCAGAGACUAGUCCUUCUUCGUCACCGAAGUCCAAUUUCAGUGCCAAUUAUCAGUUCCCGACGGCGUACCAAGACAAUUCUAUUUACUCAAGAACGCCUUCUCAAGCUUCCUCGGUAUGGAAUUGGGAGAAUUUCUACCCUCCAUCGCCUCCGGGCUCUGAAUUCUACGAGCGGAAAGCACACACGCAAGCUCAAUCCCCAAAUCAAAGCAAUCAUCACUAUAGAAACGAUCAUCACUUGGACACCGAUGAUCCUGAUGCUGACAGUGAUUAUGACGAAGGUGGUGAUGCAACUGAAACCGAACGGUCAGAGUACGACUUCUUUCAAUCCAGGACCGCUAAUCAGAAUCUGAAUCAAAAUCAGAAUCGCUACAGGAAGAAACACGAUGUGAAUGGUUACAACAGCAAUUACAGUGCAGUCGGUGAAGAGACGGAGAGGGAAGAGGUGCAGUGCAGCGAGUGGGGGGAUCACUACAGCAGUACAACGACAUCGACUGACGAGGAGGACGAUAGGGAGUCGAGAUCAGAGAUUGGGACCCGCUCGAACUUCGGGUCAGAAUCAGUGCGGCAGCAGCCACAACUGCAGAAGCCCCAGCCACAACAGAAGCAGCAACCAAACUAUGGGAAGUCAAAUGAGGCAAGUAAAUCGGAUAAGUCGGAGUCAUCGAGUAGUUACAGAACCGGCGAGAUCUCCGAUAUGAAGAUGGUGGUUAGGCACAAGGACUUGAAGGAGAUCGUGGAUGCGAUUAAGGAGAACUUCGAAAAGGCUGCAGCCGCCGGGGAUCAGGUCUCCGAGAUGCUCGAGGUAGGAAGGGCCCAGCUCGACCGGAGCUUCAGCCAGUUAAAGAAGACGGUGUAUCACUCGACCAGUGUGUUUGGCAACCUGAGCUCAAGCUGGACAUCAAAACCGCCAUUGGCGGUUAAGUACCGGCUCGACACUGGUUCGCUCAAUGAACCAGGUGGUCUAAAGAGCCUCUGCUCGACUUUGGAGCGACUCUUAGCGUGGGAGAAGAAGCUCUAUGAAGAAAUCAAGGCUAGAGAAGGUGCCAAGAUUGAGCAUGAAAAGAAGCUGGGGGUAUUGCAGAGUCAGGAGUACAAAGGAGAGGAUGAAACAAAGCUAGACAAGACCAAGACUUCAAUUAAAAAACUGCAGUCUCUUAUUAUCGUCACUUCUCAGGCUGUCUCCACCACUUCAACUGCUAUCAUCGGUCUCCGAGAUAGCAAUCUUGUUCCUCAACUUGUUGAACUCUGUCAUGGGUUUAUGUACAUGUGGAGAUCAAUGCACCAGUACCAUGAAAUCCAGAACCACAUUGUACAGCAAGUCCGUGGACUUGUGAACAGAUCUACCAAGGGUGACGCAACUUCUGAACUGCACAAGCAGGCAACUCGCGACCUCGAGGCAGCUGUAUCUGCCUGGCAUUCUAGUUUCUGUCGACUGAUAAAGUUUCAACGGGAUUUUAUCCGGUCCCUUCAUGGCUGGUUCAAACUUACUCUUAUCCCUGUCAGCGAUGACAACAUUAAUGGUAACAGAGAAACAUCUGAGGUAUAUUCCUUUUGUGAUGAGUGGAAGCUUGCUCUUGACCGUGUGCCUGACACUGUUGCUUCUGAAGCCAUUAAGAGCUUUAUCAAUGUUGUCCAUGUGAUAACUGUUAAACAAAGUGAAGAGUUCAAGAUUAGAAAAAGAACUGAAACUGCAUCAAAAGAGCUUGAGAAGAAAGCUUCAUCUCUUCGAAAUAUAGAAAGAAAGUUCUAUCAUUCAUACUCUAUGGUUGGUAUUGGGCUACCUGAUUCCGGUCCUGAUAAUGGACAAGUAUUAGAUGCUAGGGACCCCCUGGCAGAGAAGAAGUCCGAGCUUGCUGCUUGCCAAAGACGGGUCGAAGAUGAGAUGCUGAAGCAUGCCAAAGCAGCGGAGGUGACACGAGCAUUGACACUGAAUAAUCUUCAAACGGGCCUGCCUGGGGUUUUCCAGGCAUUGACUAGUUUCUCUGCAUUAUUUUCAGAGGCAAUGGAGGCGGUAUGUAACCGAUCCUACGGAAUUAAAUAGAUACACACAUAAUUUUGCUUCAUGUAUCUCCAAGGUAAAUCAAAUUCAUGAGGGCUGGGUUUUUUUUUUUUGGGCUUUAGGCUCUUAUGACUAUUAUAGUUUUGUUAUUUUUUAUCCUUCACAAAGGCAGGGUUUUGACAGCAGGUGAUUUUUUUUUAACAUGUAAAUGUUAGGGGUCUUUUGUCGCAGUUUUUUUCCAUCCUUUUUUUUUUUUUUUGUUAAGAGUUAAAGUAUGUGUACAGGAAUUUGCUUGGAUUGGUUAAUGAGAAGCUCAUAUAUUUUCCAUAAUGAUAAAUAAAUUUAUGCCUUCUGCAUUUGGUGUGA